AACUUGACAGCUCGAUAAUGUCCCGCAGAAUGCUAAUAAAAUGCAAUGGAAAAUGUUACUGCCAGUGUUAAAAAUAAACUACACUAUGUAGAUAACGACUCUGGAGACCGGGGCAACGUUUAUUGGACUGUCGAGACAUGCUAACUCGAGGAAAGGGCUCUGUUUUUUGGCUAGUUCAUCUAGUAGCUGUAGGAGCUCCACUCUAGCUAGCUGGUUAGCUCCUCGGCUAAAGAAAGUUGCUCCAUGGCUAUAUGUGGGCUGAACAUUACCAUAUAUAGACCGGCCACAGAGCUCCCUCGCUGGUGAAAUGUAAACUGUAUGUCGCUGACAAAGGGCAAGCAAAAACAAAACUCAGCCUGGAAGAGAAAACACUAGCGCGCUGGCUUCAGCAUGUCAUCUGACCAGAUUAUUGCCAUCGUCAUGGAUGACAAAAUCUACGAGGUGAAUAAAAAGAAGCUGAUAGAGAAAAGCGACUACUUCCGUGCACUGUAUAGCUCUGGCAUGAGGGAGUCCACAGAGGACUCGGUGCAGCUGCAGGGGCUCAGUGUCCUUGGCCUGGAGCUGGUCCUGGAGUUCAUCAACACCUCCAAAGUUCAGAUUGUCAACGAGACUCUGGAGGACUUGAUUGAGACCGCCUCCUUCUUACAGGUCACCUCCAUCCUCAAACUCCUCACCUCGGAAAUCCGGCUGGACAACUGCGUGGAGCUGUACAGCCUCUCUGAAAUUUAUGGGACUCAUGAUCUGCAUAAUGCGUGCCUCAAAUACAUGACCUGCUACUAUCAUCCCAUGCUGAGGCGGCCUGAGUUCAGCAGCCUGCCCUCUGCUGUCAAAGACCAAGUCAGGGAGAUGCGUAUGAAAGGCACCGCCACCCUGGUGGCCAUCGGAGACUUCACCUGCCUGUCCCUGGAUGUGCCUGAUCAGGAUGAACCCUGGUCCAUGCUGAGGUAUGGAGAGGUGGAGCAGCGCUGGAAACCACUCGCAAACAACUUGCCACCAGACAUGAUCAACGUCAGAGGAUAUGGAUCAGCUGUUCUCGAUAACUAUCUGUUCAUAGCCGGUGGAUACAGGAUGACAAGUCAGGAGAUCUCUGCUGUGCACUGCUACAACCCCUGUAGGAACGAGUGGAACCUGGUGGCUCCACUCAACCAGAAAAGGUCCAACUUCAAGCUGCUGGCAGCACAAGGGAAGCUGUAUGCUGUGGGAGGCCAAUGUCUGGGAACAGUGGAGUGUUACAGCCCAGAGCAGGACUGGUGGGCCUGUGUGUCCUCGAUGCCUGACCCGCUGGCUGAAUUUUCUGCCUGCGAAUGCCAAGGAAUGAUCUAUGUCAUGGGUGGAUACACUGCAAGAGAUAGGAACACAAACGUCCUCUGCUACUGCCCCACCUCAGACACCUGGAUGGUGUUUAAGUCUUGUUCAGCACACAUACGCAAGCAGCAGAUGCUCUCGGUGGAGGACACCAUCUACCUGGUGGGUGGAUACACUCACGAGCUGGAGGCAGGCCGGCGGCAGCGGCGUCCCAGUCAGACAGAGGACGUCCUAACGGUGCAGUCAUACAACAUCACCACAGGGGAGUGGAUCCAGCUAAAGGAGAACACGUCCAAGUCAGGCCUGAACCUGACGUGCACGCUGCACAACGACGGCAUCUACAUCAUGAGCCGGGAUGUCAGCCUGCCCACCAGCCUGGAGCACCGCGUCUUUCUCAAAUACAACAUCUUCUCCGACGCCUGGGAGGCCUUCAGACGCUUCCCAGCUCUGGGGCAGAACAUGCUACUCUGUUCGCUGUACCUCCCCAACGUGCUCUGACUGAGAGGGCUGAUGGGAAAGACUUCCAUGAACAGACAGUGGAGCCAUUGCAGCAUUAAUAUAGGUGUCGCUUUCUUUUUCUUGCACAGAAUGGUGCCCUUUGGGAACAGUGUCUGGUUGCUAGGUUGAAUGCCUUGUGACCUCUGUGCCUACAAAAAACAAACAAACAAAAAAACACACUACAAUGUAUGCAACAGCUGUGGAUACAAGCAGAAAAGCUACAAUAACACGUAUGAAAGCGAUCAACAACUAGCCCCAGUUUGUGCUUCUCACGUGUUAGCAUUAACACAAGUAUUGUCAUUCCUAAGUUAUUUCCAGAAUCCUAAAAGACUCUUUCAGUCAUUAGAAUGGAAAGUAUUAUUCAUGCUGUGUCCAGGUGCCAUCUUUGUUUGGGUUAGGAAACAAAUUUGGAGUUUUCUAGUAUUCCGCAAAUAGCAACAGAGCAGUGAUGUGGGUUGUUUAUUGGCUUUCUGGGUACUAUAAACAGUGUCGCUAAUUAUGCUUGAUGGCUGCCACAGUGACUAAUACGUUAGAGGCAAAACUGUGGCUACAUGACAGCUUGCUUUUAAAUCUAUGGGCCACAAUAUUCCUAAUGUUUACACUCCAAAAAUGGCACUGGUGUACAAGAUUAUCUAUAAUUCAUUGUAAACCUCAAACUAUCUCAGAAACAAAACACAUUUCUCAACUUUAUGUUAUAGCAGGAUAAAUGGCUUUGGUUUUACACUGCCAGUUUUAUGGGAAUUAUAGGUUCCUUGAUCCCCUUGUUUGGGAUGUGAAGCAGCUCAGAGGGAGCUUUGUGUGUUUUAUGUACACUUGCACACUUGUCUUAUUUCCACAAAUACACUAAGUAAAGCUUAAAGAGCAAUUCUAUGAGACUAAUGAUGCACAUGUGCCUUCUGCAAACUCAGUUGAUAGAAACUUAAUAUUUAAAAAAAGCACAAAAUGCAAGACUUUGUUACAUUGCCAGCAACCGACCAAAGCUGCUGUUUGUUUUUUUUCUCUCUGCUGAAGCAGAUUUUAUUUUCAUUAAGGCACUUUUCAGUUCUUUGGGUGUGCAGGCUUAAGAACUCAGCCUCAAAGCAGCAUUUUUUUCUGAAACUUGUGAAGUUUUGGUUAAACACAGCACUUGACUUGGUGAAUUUCAGCUUCUCUCUGCAUUUGUUUGACAGUUUGGAAGUUUUGGUCAUGAUAAUAAAGAUGAUGUUCAGGGGUC